CAGCACCCAUCCCCCGGGGAGGAGCCCAGAGGGGGGCAUGGCUGCUGCGCAGAGGAAAGCAACGUCUCAGGUGAGACGAGCAACGUCUCAGGUGAGCUCCUUGCCGUCCCUGUUCUUAGCGGAUGGAUUUCGUUGUUGCCGUUGUUGUUGUUAACCUUCUAACUGAAGUUCUCUACCCAGUGCAGUCAUCGCCAGGUUUCAGAGCAGAAGUCCUUUGGCCACGGGACGGUGGAUGCUUAGGGAAUGCUUCCCUGCCCUCCCAGUCUGCUGUGUCUGGCGUUCUUUUCUUUUCCCAACAAGACACGCUUUUGCUCACUAAUCUCAGUCCACUGUGUGGUUACUGACUGGAUAGGUAAGAUGCCCCGUGUUCUUAUGUCACUAGGGACGGAGCAGACAUGCACACCUGGGAAAAGUGGUUUCUGGCCCUGCCUUUUUUCCUCAUCCGUGUCUCCCUUCCUGCCCCUGGUGUCUCUGGUGUUCGAGGAUGUGGCCGUGCUCUUCAGUCGGGAUGAGUGGAGAAAGCUGGACCCUUCUCAGAGAAAACUGUACCGGGAUGUGAUGCUGGAGAACUACAGCAACCUGCUCUCCCUGGGACUCCCAUUUACCAAACCAAGAGUGAUCUCACUGCUGCAGCAAGGAGAAGAUCCCUGGAAGGUAGAGAGAGAGAGUCCUGGCAGACCCUCUCCCGGAUUUAAGAGCAGUCCUAAAACAACAAAAUCAACUCAAACUCAAGACUCAUUUCAGGAGUUGAUAAGGAAAAGACUAAAAAGGGAUGAACCUUGGGACUUCAUAUUAGCAAAGCCCUGCAUAAAUGAAGACAGGUUAAAGAAACAGGACAAAACCAAAAGUUUACAAAUAAUUUCAAUCACCCAUACAAAAAUCCUCACCGUAGGUGGAAGCCAUAAAAACAAUGAAUUUAGCCAAAACUUCAACCUGAAAUCAGUCUUCAUUAAGCAACAGAGGUUUGCUAUAGAGAAAACAUCAUCAACAUAUGAAAUACAAAGAAAUAACUUCAAGCAGAAUUCAAAUUUACAUAACCAACCAAAGAUCAAAACGGCAGAGAAACAUUAUAAAUGUAAUAUAUGUGAAAAAGCCUUCAUUCACAAUUCAUCUCUUCGUAAACAUCAGAAAAACCACACUGGAGAGAAAUUAUUUAAAUGUAAAGAAUGUUUAAAAGCCUUCAGCCAAAGUUCUGCUCUUAUUCAACAUCAAAGAACUCAUACUGGAGAGAAACCCUAUAUAUGUAAAGAAUGUGGGAAAGCUUUCAGCCAUAGUGCAUCCCUUUGUAAGCACCUAAGGACCCAUACUGUGGAAAAAUCCUAUAGAUGUAAAGAAUGUGGUAAAUCCUUCAGCAAAAGAUCUGGCCUGUUUAUACAUCAGAAAAUCCAUGCUCGAGACAAUCCCCAUAAAUAUAAUCCAGGUAGGAAACCUUCCAGUUGUAGUACUUCCCUUUCUGGAUGCCAAAGAAUUCAUUCCAGAAAGAAGUCCUACUUGUGUAACGAAUGUGGCAAUGCCUUUAAAUCUAGCUCAUCCCUUCGUUAUCAUCAGCGAAUUCACACUGGAGAGAAACCUUUUAAAUGUAGUGAAUGUGGGAGAGCCUUCAGUCAGAGUGCGUCUCUUAUUCAACAUGAAAGAAUUCACACUGGAGAAAAGCCCUACAGAUGUAAUCAGUGUGGAAAAGGCUUCACUUCUAUUUCACGUCUUAAUAGACACCGAAUAAUCCAUACUGGAGAGAAAUUGUAUAAUUGUAAUGAAUGUGGUAAAGCCUUAAGUUCCCACUCAACACUUAUUAUUCAUGAGAGAAUUCAUACUGGAGAGAAACCAUGUAAGUGCAAAGUGUGUGGGAAAGCCUUCAGACAGAGUUCAGCUCUCAUUCAACACCAGAGAAUGCAUACUGGAGAAAGACCCUAUAAGUGUAAUGACUGCGGGAAAACAUUCAGGUGUAACUCCUCCCUUAGUAAUCAUCAAAGAAUUCACACUGGAGAGAAACCAUAUCGAUGUCUGGAAUGUGGAAUAUCUUUCGGCCAAAGUGCGGCUCUUAUACAGCAUCAGAGGAUUCAUACAGGAGAAAAACCUUUUAAAUGUAACACAUGUGGGAAAACUUUUAGACAAAGCUCAUCACUUAUUGCACAUCAAAGAAUUCAUACUGGAGAGAAACCCUAUGAAUGUAAUGCAUGUGGGAAACUCUUUAGCCAGAGGUCAUCUCUUACUAAUCACUAUAAAAUUCAUAUUGAAGAGGACUCCUUGAAAACAGAUUUGCAUGUGUAAAAGCCUUAAACCAAAGCUUGUCAGAGGAUAGAUACUUGAGGUUGAUAUAAUGAAAAUAAGAAAAUCUUAUUUUAAUUUAGUCCUUAUCAGAUAUUAAAUUUUAAGGAUAAACCAUGACUAUGUAAUAAAUAAGGGGGAAA